CUGUGCAGCAAUGUUAUAUAUAAUAUAAUAUUAUUAUUACUUGAUAUUUGAUUAAUUCCAAAAACCAAAGAGUACUAGAAGUACAGGGUUUUGUCUAGUAUUGUUGAUUUGAGAGAGAAAUGGAGAAUAAAAGCAUUACUACAAGUACUAGCAGUGGAAGUAAUGGUGAUGAUGAGGGAAGUGAGAAGAGAGGAAUGUACCUAGUUUGGGAAGACAUAACUGUUGUGGUUCCAAACUUUGGCAAUGGACACACAAAGAGGUUGCUUAAUGGCUUGAAUGGGUAUGCUGAACCUAACAGAAUCAUGGCUAUUAUGGGUCCUUCUGGCUCUGGAAAAUCCACUCUUCUUGAUUCUUUGGCAGGUAGACUCGCUAGGAAUGUUAUCUUGUCUGGAAAUGUGCUUUUAAAUGGAAAGAAAAGAAGAUUGGACUAUGGUGGUGUUGCUUAUGUGACCCAAGAAGACAUAUUGUUGGGAACACUAACAGUAAGAGAAACAAUAAGUUAUUCAGCAAAUCUAAGGCUUCCAUCAAGAAUGAGGAAAGAAGAGGUAAAUGAGAUUGUAGAAGGAACGAUAAUGGAGAUGGGUCUUGAAGAUUGUGCAGAUAGGGUUAUAGGGAAUUGGCAUUUGAGAGGAAUAAGUGGUGGAGAAAGGAAAAGAGUAAGCAUAGCAGUUGAGAUAUUAACAAGGCCUUGUCUCUUAUUCCUUGAUGAACCAACCACUGGCCUUGAUAGUGCCUCUGCUUAUUUUGUUGUUCAAACUUUGAGGAACAUUGCUCAUGAUGGCAAGACUGUAAUUUCAUCCAUUCAUCAACCAAGUAGUGAGCUUUUUCAACUUUUUGAUGAUCUCUUCCUGCUUUCUCGAGGCCAAACUAUUUAUUUUGGACCAACUGAAAACUCACUCGAGUUCUUUGGGAAAGCAGGGUUCCCAUGUCCAAGUAGAAGAAACCCUUCUGAUCAUUUCCUCCGCUGUAUUAAUUCAGACUUUGAUACUGUCACAACCACCAUCAUGGCCUCCCAAAGAAUCCAUGAACACAACUCAUUAACACCAUCAUUAGGGAACUUAUCAACUGCCGCAAUCAGAGCAAAACUCAUUGAGAGAUACCGUUGGUCUGAGUAUGCAACCGCCGCAAGAACUAGAAUCAAACAAAUCUCCAACUUUGAAGGAUAUGAUGGUGAAAGCAAAAGCAAGAAUGAAGCGAAAUGGUGGAAGCAACUAACAACAUUGACUCAUAGAUCUUUGGUGAACAUGAGUAGGGAUGUAGGAUACUAUUGGAUAAGGCUAGCAAUCUACAUAGCAUUAUCUUUAUCUGUUGGAACAAUCUUCUUUGAUGUUGGAACAAGUUACAGAGCCAUCUUUGCAAGAGGUGCAUGUGGGGCUUUCAUUUCUGGUUUCAUGACAUUCUUGUCCAUUGGAGGCUUCCCCUCCUUCAUAGAGGAAAUGAAGGUGUUUUAUAAAGAAAGGCUUAAUGGAUACUAUGGAAUUAGUGUCUACAUUCUAUCAAAUUUUCUCUCUUCAUUUCCCUUUGUUUCAAUGAUGUCCAUUGCCACUGCCACCAUAACGUAUUAUAUGGUCAAGUUUCGUCCAGAAUUUUCACAUCUUUGUUACAUCACCCUUGAUCUUAUUGGCUGCAUUGCGGUUGUGGAGAGUUCCAUGAUGAUCAUAGCUUCAUUAGUUCCCAACUUCCUCAUGGGAGUAAUAAUAGGAGCAGGAUAUAUUGGUGUAAUGAUGAUGACUGCUGGCUACUUCCGUCAGAUCCCUGAUCUUCCCAAAUUCUUCUGGCGUUACCCAAUUUCAUACAUUAAUUAUGGGGCAUGGGGAUUACAGGGAGCAUUCAAGAAUGAUUUGCUUGGGCUGGAGUUUGAUCCUCUAGUACCAGGUGGUCCAAAGCUGAAAGGAGAAACCAUACUCACAACCAUGCUUGGCAUGAGAAUUGAAUAUUCAAAAUGGUGGGACUUAGCUGCUGUCGUGUUCAUCCUCAUACUGCAUAGAGUUCUCUUUUUUAUCAUUCUCAGAUUCAAAGACCCCGCUUCACAUUUCCUUUAUAGUAUCUAUGCAAAGCAAGCAAUGCAACGCAUCAAGAAGAGGCCAUCUUUCAGGAAAACACCAUCUUUCUCUUCAAAGAGGCACCAAACACUGCAUCCCUUGUCUUCUCAAGAGGGUCUCAACUCACCAAUUCAUUAAAGAUACAACAAUCACACAACAACAUACUACUGAUAUUGUAUCAGAACCCUUGCAAAGCAAAGAACUUAUACAAUUUACAAUUUACUUAUUUAGAAACCAAAAAAGACCAAAACAAAACGUUGAAAUAUGUCUCUUAUUUCAUUAUCUACAAUGAAACAGAUAUAUAAGGAAAAUAAGUUCACUGAAGUUAUAUAUUAUGUACUAUAUAUCAUUGGUGGUACUGCAUUA